ACACAAAGAGACGAAAAUUUCGAUUCCCUCUCGAGUCUUGAUAACCAUAUUGCUUCGUUCACCGUGAACCUCGAAGAUGGCCUUUUACUAGACGCCACUCCAGACAUAACACAAACUCAUGCGACUGCAGCCUAUAAAUUAUUGCAAAAUGUAAAUCUCUUAUUAACAAAACAACAAGAAAACACGAAUUCGUACGAUACUGACGCCAAUAAAGAUGUAAAGGAGGAUGAAAAUAGAACAACCACGAUUAACAGGGUGUCAGUCGCAUUUCAAGAUUGUGGUUACGGGUUCACUGUCGCGGAUGAAAAGAUAUAUGCUAUUAAAUAUGGUAUAAAAUCAGAAACUGAACAACCGACCGAGGAUUCAUAA